CCGUGGAGGUAGCAUCCCGCGCGCCGCUCUCCCCAGCCUCCCGUUCGAACGCCUGGCUCGCCCGCGCGCCCUUCUGUGUCGCAUUUGCACGCCUCGUCGCGGUGCCGUCGGAGGCCGGAAGUGACUCGCCUCCUGCGGGCGUGAGCAGGAACCGGAUUUUGUUGAGAAACCUGCCCACCCGGAAGGUUGGCUUUGAGGAAUACAUUGGUCUUGGAUCAGGAUAGGAUAACAGAGAUCUUACGUACGUCCAGUGCUCGUGGUUGGAAAGGAUGGGUGGGCGGCCCUGAGUACACGGCUCCCGUGGAGGGCGAGGCAUGGCUCGGCUCCUGACGCGGCCACAGCUCGCUUUGCUCUCGCCCGUGGAGGAGCCUCUCGACGCCCCGGACAGUCGUACUUUGUAGGUGGUGUGACUCGCCCCUUCGCAAGCAUGAGGGCGGCCUUGAUAUGGGUGGGCGUGGUGGUGGUGGGCCUGCUAGUGGGCGAGGGCGAGGCAAGGAGCGAGAUGCCCCAGAAGACUCCCACCAUCAACACCAAGUACGGGCAGCUGCGGGGCUUCUACCGCAACGUGAGCGGGUACGGGCUGCGGGUUGCCACGUACCUGGGCGUUCCGUACGCCACCCCGCCCGUGGGGGCCAACCGCUUCAGCCCCACCCGCACGCUGUCCCAGUGGGUAGGGCUGCACGAGGCGUCCAACUUCGGGCCGGCGUGCCCCCAGCGCCUGCCCGACAUCAGUAACGAGACGGCGGCGCUGCAGAAGAUGUCCCGCGGGCGCCUCAACACCCUCAAGUACUACCUGCCGGUGCUCAGGAGGCAGAGCGAGGACUGCCUCUACCUCAACCUCUACGUCCCGGAUG